AGCUGACCCCGUUCCGCCGGCGGCCUCCUCCUGUUCUUGCUACGUGUAAUUCUGGGGGAAAAAUGGCAGAUAGAAAAAAUAACAAUGUUCCCAACAGCAGUGCGAAUUUAUUGUUCAGCGCCGCCCCGGAGUUUAACUUCAACCUGCCGUUUAUGCCGGUGAGCCAGGCCACCGGGCCGGCGGUGCUGUCAGGAGAAGAAGAUUCCACUGAUGUUGGAGAAGAAGACAGCUUCCUUGGUCAGACCUCUGGCGUUGUACCAGCAUCCUCCUCCACCUUCAGCUACUUCUCCAGUCCGGCCACGACCUCUGACCCGUUCGCAUCCAUCGGCCAGUCGCCAUGCCCCCCAUCCACCAUGUCCUCAGUAGCCGGACCCGUUUCUGUUCCCCGCAGCAUCAGCAUGGCUCCAACUCCGCCGCCACCGUCUACAAGCUCACAGAUCAACCCGCCACCUCAAGUGUUCGGCGGCGCCGUUUACCAAAGCCCAGUGGGGCGCCACACUCCUCCCCCGACCACCAUGACGCCGCCGCCCCCCCUGAUGCAGCCGCAGGCUCACAACCCGUACCGCCACACCCCCAGCAGCAGCCGAGCCAGCCCCUACAUUCCAGCGCCGGAGGUCCUGCCGCCAACACACACGCCGCCGCAGAUCCCCUACUCUAUCAGCGCGCCGCAGAUGAUGUUUCCCCCCCCAGGCCCGACGUUUACAACACCUCCUCCCUCACAUGUUCAGGCGGCUCCUCCUCCGCCCGCUGCCGCCGCCGGCGCCGUCGUUCCUGCAGGUCCGAUGACGCUGUACAACUACAAUGUCUACGAACCGGUCCAGCCGCACUGGUUCUACUGCAAGGAAGUCGAGUCGAAGAGCGUCUGGUUUCCUUUGAGCAUCAUCGACUCGCUGCAGCUUGAGGAGACGUUCAACUCAGUCCAACCGGACCCAGAGAACGUGGUCGUCCGGACGGACGGCGGGCGCUACGACGUGCAGCUUUACGACCGCAUGCGCAGCGCCGUGUACUGGGAGGAGGAGCCCACAGAGGUCCGGCGCUGCACCUGGUUCUACAAAGGCGACAAGGACAGCCGCUUCGUCCCGUACUCUGAGGAGUUCAGCGAGAAACUGGAGGCAGAAUAUAAAAAGGCCGUAUCAACAAACCAGUGGCAUCGCAGGCUGGAGUUUCCAUCCGGAGAAACGAUCGUCAUGCACAACCCAAAGGUCAUAGUCCAGUUCCAGCCUUCGUCCAACCCAGACGAGUGGGGUACCACUCAGGACGGGCAGACGAGGCCGAGGGUGGUGAAGAGAGGGGUUGAUGAUGACCACGACGAAGUGCCUGAUGGCGAGCUUCCCACGGUGGAUCAUCUGGUGUUCAUGGUCCAUGGCAUCGGCCCGGUUUGCGACCUCAGGUUCAGGAGCAUGAUUGAGUGCGUGGACGACUUCCGGAGCGUUUCGCUGAAGCUGCUGCACAGCCACUUCAAGAAUUCGCUGGACGAACACGCCAUCAGCCGGGUGGAGUUCCUUCCUGUCCAGUGGCACACGGCUCUCCACGGAGACGCCACCGGGGUGGACAGGAGGAUUAAAAAGAUCACCCUGCCCAGCACCGGACGGUUGCGCCACUUCACCAACGAGACGCUGCUGGAUGUGCUUUUCUACAACAGUCCGACUUACUGCCAGACCAUCAUGGACACUGUGGCUCAGGAGAUCAACCGUCUCUACGCCUUGUUCAUGAACAGGAACCCCGACUACAGAGGGGGAAUAUCGGUGGCCGGACACAGCCUGGGAUCCCUGAUUCUCUUCGAUCUGCUUUCCAACCAGAAAACCGUCUCUGCUGCGCCGCUGCUGCCGGCCGCGCCCGCCGCUAACGGAGAGGUGUCGGCUCCUGCCGCGAAGGAGCCGAACAGAGAGGAAGAGGAGGACGAGGAAGAGUUUGAGGAUCUCGCUGCUGUGCUGCAACAUCUGGGCCUCUCUGAGUACAAGAGCACCUUGGACCAGGAGAAGAUCGACAUCGAGUCUUUACUCAUGUGUACGACGGAGGACCUGAAGGACAUGGGGAUCCCUCUGGGCCCGCGGAAAAAACUCACCAAGUUCGUGAAAGAACGAGUCAGCAGACAGGCCGGACGCCAACAGAGGAAAGCAGAAGCGAAGGAGGAGAGUCCGGCCAUGGUAGCCACGGUAACCCAGCCUGCCGGUAGCGCCACCACCAAGCCACCAGUGGGCAGCACCGUGUCUUCAGUCCACGUCAACUACAACUACUUUGAAGUUGGAACUGGGCAGGUGUCGGUGAUCUACCACAGCCUGGACUUUGAGCCGGUGAACUUCUUCGCCCUGGGUUCUCCGAUCGGGAUGUUCCUGACGGUGCGCGGGCUGGAGAAGAUCGACGAGGCGUACCAGCUGCCCACCUGCAAGGGAUUCUUCAACAUCUACCACCCGCUGGACCCGGUGGCGUACCGAAUCGAGCCGAUGAUCGUUCCAGAUUUGGACCUGAAGCCCGUUUUAAUCCCACAUUACAAAGGAAGGAAGCGGCUUCAUCUCGAGCUGAAGGAGAGUCUGUCUCGGAUGGGCUCGGACCUGAAGCACGGCUUCAUCAGCUCGCUGCGCAGCGCCUGGCAGACGCUCAACGAGUUCGCCCGCGCCCACACCUCCUCCGCCCUGCAGGCCGAGCUCGCCAUCGUGGCCAAUCAGAUAGAGGAGGAGGAGCAGCACGUACACGACGACCAUAAAGUCGCUGAGAGCGCGGAGCUGCAGAGGGAAGACGAGCCGCAGGUGAAGAUCGGGAUGCUGAACGGAGGGAAUCGGAUCGACUUCGUUCUGCAGGAGAAACCCAUCGAGAGCUUCAACGAGUAUCUGUUCGCCCUGCAGAGCCACCUCUGCUACUGGCAGUCUGAAGACACGGCGCUGCUUCUCCUGAAGGAAAUCUACAAAACCGUUGGGAUCCAUCCGGAGCCGCUCGCUCAUUAAUACUCUGAUUACUCGGUUCUGUUUUUCUAUUUUUAUUGAAGUAGCUUAUUGUAUACAGAUGAAUAAUAUGUUGGUAUUAUGCCAUUUGUCUUAAAUUAAGAAACAAACGAAUGAGUUGGUAGAAGCAGAGACACUUGACAGGGUUGAUAUUACAUUUUUAUAGCAAAUAUACAACAAGUGGCCAAGGCGGAACAGGAACAGCCAAUAUAUGCAGUCGGAUGUAAGUUAUUCAUGGACAAAUCGUCACAAUAAAUCCAUUUCUUGCUCAUUUGUUUUUAUUAUUCAGCUUUUAACCAUGGUGUGCCGCCAAGAGGAAGACGUAAAGAGGAAGUUUAGUUUCUCCUGUCAAGCCAGGAAACUUUGAGACGGCCUAAAAAAGCUGCAGAAUAAGCAAAUAUUUAAAUAAUGACAGAAAGCAACGCAGGAGCAACCUGGUAUAUUUAAGACAAUCAAAGCACCUGUUUAUGUAACGUCCUCUCAGCUUAAAACAAGCAAAACAGUUAAUAUAUUCCUCUAGAACCUGCAGGUUCAAUGUAAAGUCUGAAAUGUUUGGAACGUAUUUACAUGUAAGAACGACUGGAACAGAUUCAGAGGAAAAACAGCAGCGUGAGCCGCCUGCCGUAGUUUAUCCUCUGAUUGGUCCAACGCAUUUAAACACAAUCCUACAAUAAAAAACACAAAAUGUUCCCUUUUUAUCCACACAGCCAGUCUGAACAAAAACUGACAUUUUCCUAGUAAUACUCUGUAAAUAAAUCAAGAGGUUCUCUAUCAGAGGCCGAAGCUAUGAAGAAAUAUUUCUAUCCACAUUUUAGUGCAAAUCUGACGUUGUGGAUUAAAAAUAAUCUGCCAUAAGUACAAAUUUAGGCACCGAAUUAUUUUUAUUUGAUCAGUUUAGUCCCUCAAUUAACUGGUAAAAUAUUCCUUAAAGAUCCCAAAACAGAUGGUGAACAAAUCGAUGACGAGUUCAGGUAACCAACACCGAGUCUUUUGAAAUCUUAAGGCCAGACUAAGAAAAAAAUGUAAUUAGAAAAUAGUCAUAAUAUUGUGAGAAAAAAAGUCGGAAUAAUUCGAGAGCCAUAUUACCAGAAAAAAAGUUAGUGUUAAAAGAACAAAGUCGGAAUAACGCGAGAAAAAAAAAAGUUGUACGAGAAUGAAGUCAAAAUAAUAAGAAAAAAGUCGCAUUUUAAGAGUCAUUAACUGAAAAAUGUCAUACGAGAAUUAAAAAAUAGUUCAUGAGUUCAGUGUCAUGAGAAAAGUCGUAAUUAUACGAAAAAAGUUACGUUAUGAGACAGAAAGUUGUAUGCAAAUUAAAUAAGUGUUACAAGAAUAAAGUUGCAAUUGUACAAAAAUAGUCACAAGAAGAAUAGUCGGAAUAAUACGAGAAAGUCAUACUGUGAGAAAAAGUUGUACAAGAAUAAAAUCAUCAGAGAAUAAAGCAUAUAAUAUCAGAAAGGUCACAUGAGGAAAAGUUGUACGUUAAGUCAAUGUUGUGAGAAUAGUCAUAAGAAUAAACUUGCAAUAUUAGUAGGAUAAAGAAGUAAAUUUGAUGAGAAUUCCUCCCUGAAAAAUCAAUUAAAUUGAGAAAUGUUGAGCAUCUUGUGAAGUUAUACUUUGGGUUUAAAGAUAAAUAAUCUUUUAACACUUUAGCAUCAAAGAAUGAUCACCAGGACGUGUCAGAUCCUGACAUCAAGGCUUUGAUCUCAUUGAAAACAUUUUUCUAGUCAUUUCCCACCUUUAUUCUGCCAACAUUAUAACUUUAGUCUCAUAAGUAAAAAUAAUAAUCUUAGUCUGGAACUAAAAUGCCUUCAUACUCAGAAGUUCAGCUUUCUACGGGAAACCAGUAGUGCCAAGAAUCGAGCCGUAAAUCUUCCUUCGUAGUUUGGGCCUCUGAAAAUCAAACGGUCAGAAUAUACUUUAAUCUCCGCUGAGAGAAAGUGCAACUUCCUGUUGUUCUCAUACUCAAUAAAUUAGAAAUGUGAUUUCUUUCCCCCCAACUGGUUUUCCGUUUAUUUUCUCCAAACGUCGCUGGGUGCCGCCUGCCUACGCUGCUUCUCCGUGUCUGAGAAGCAGCUGAAAUGUUUCACAUUCAGAAGCAGCAAGAAGACGACGAAAAAACCCCGACCUUCAAGGUCACGCUUACCGAUUUUCAAAAAUUUUGCAGAAACAAAACAAGGUCCUUUGUACAAUGCCAAGUCUUCCUGUCAGAGUUAAAUACUGCUGAUUUGAUCGUAAGGCUUUGUUUCACAUUUUUCUACAUUCAUCUGUCUACAGCUGUGCAGAGAAAAGCAGAAGGAUCGAUUAAUCACUAUUAAUUAACUGGUACACUGUACACCGCCACAUCUUCCAUUAAUCAGGUUUAAAUAUUUUUUCGUUGCGGCGCCCCUUUAAAGCUACAGUAUGUAACUUUAAGAUAUAUUUUUUCACAUUUUUGUUGAAAUUGUCUUCAUGUUGUGACAGUUUGAUAAGAGACAAGUGAUCUGAA